AUGCCGAUGCGUUUGUCAGCUCUGCCGAAGGCUUUUGGUUUGCGGGGUGGGGUGGAAAAGGGAUAUUUUCCGCAUUUAUUUAACACACUCGCGAAUCAGUCGUACGUCGGUCCGUUACCAGCCGUUGAAUAUUACUCGCUGGAUAGUAUGUCUAGCGAAGAACGCGAACGUUUUUUGUCGUGGCACGCGGAACAGAUGCGCGAAAACGCAGUUUUUGACUUUCAACGCGAGAUAGUUCGUUAUUGUCGUAACGACGUCUUGCGGCGAGCGUGCAUGGCCUUCCGCAAGAUAUUUCUCGAGCGCGGAAACGUAUGUCCGUUCGAAGAAUGCACGACCAUCGCUUCCACAUGUAUGCGCGUUUUCCGCAAAAACUUUUUACGUGAGGAAGAGAUCGGCGUCAUUCCUCGCGGCGGAUAUUACCUCGCGGAUACGCAAUCCCGCAAAGCUCUGCAGUGGCUGGUGUGGAAGGAGCGCGAGCUCGGCCGCAUCAUUGUUCACGCGGGUCACGGGCGAGAACAUCGUCUCGCGGAAGUCGGAGGCAUUCCCGUCGACAGGUAUUACGAGACGGCGAACGGUGAGCGUCACGUGUUGCAAUACCACGGCUGCUUUUGGCACGGAUGUCCCGUGUGUUUUAAAACGGAACGCGACAAACGUCUCUGCACGGAGGAACGCGAAGUGUACGACACGAUGAACUCGCGAUACGAGCGUACACUGACAACGUCAUGGCGUCUUCGCAAACGAGGGUACAUCGUGACGGAGAAAUGGGAGUGCGCUUUUGAUCGCGAUACGCGGGAAAAUCGCGAAAUGCGAGCGUGUUUAGACCAACAUCCGAUGCUCGCGGCUGAACCGCUUUCACCGCGUGACGCGAUUUUCGGCGGUCGAACGAGAAACAUCGCGAUUCGGCGCGAAGUUACGGGUACGGAGAAAAUACGUUACAUAGACGUGUGUUCUCUAUACCUUUACGUGUUGAAAACCGGCGCUUUCCCGAUUGGACAUCCGAAAAUUCUUGUCGGACAAAAAGAGUGCGCCUCGCUCAUCGGAACGAUGCCCGGUGUCGAUUUUUCCGCGGUCGAGGGGCUUGUGCGUUGUAGAAUGCUCCCUUCGCGCAAUCUCUUUCACCCUGUACUCCCGUACCGCGUGCAGGGCAAACUGCUGUUUGCCUUGUGCCGCAGUUGNUGCGAAAACUUCUCACAGACACAGUGCUCGCACGAAAAUCCGCGCGAUCGCGAAUUCGAAGACGUGUGGGUAUCGUGUAAAUUACGCAAAGCUGUGGAGAAGGGUUAUCUCGUGACUGCACAAGAGGCGAGCGGAUGGCCGAGCGAAUGCGUGGACGACCAAUCUAAAGAACGAUAUCUUCGAGAAUACGAAGCAGUCGAGAGUAUCGCUCUAGAUAGAGCAAACAUUGGGCAAAAUCCGGGUUUACGCUCGGUCGCAAAGCUGUGCCUCAAUUCGUUUUGGGGAAAAUUCGGGCAACGAUCGAACUUGACGAGUACCGAGGUGGUAAAGUCGCAGGAACGUCUCGUAUCGCUAUUGUCGAGCCCCGAGCACGAGGUAAUAUAUGUUUCGUGGCGAAUGCGGGACGAGGCGGACGUACCCUCUCCGAUUACCAACGUGAUAAUAGCGGCGUACACGACGGCACAGGCGCGAUUGAAACUGUACGAAUAUUUAGAACGUUUAAGCGAGCGCGUUCUUUAUUACGAUACAGAUUCGUGUAUUUAUGUGAGCAGCGGAGAACCCGGCGAAUACGAACCGCGUACGGGAAAUUUCCUGGGCGAUAUGACGGACGAGCUCGAAGGCUACGGCUGUGGUAGUUACAUCGAGUCGUUUGUAUCCGGUGGCCCGAAAUUUUACGCGUACGUAGUUCGUACUCCGGACAGUGGCGCGCGGGAGGUGUGUAAAAUCAAGGGAAUAACUCUCAAUUCCGCAACCUCCCGCAUAAUUAAUUUCAAUAGCGUUAGGGAAAUGUUAAUGAGAAGAGAGAGAAAAGAAGAAAAUGUGUCGAUAAAUCUGCAUUUUAGAGCGAUUCGGCGCACCGCGUUUCACGAGGUUGUGACGCGAGACGAAUCAAAAAUCUGCUCGCCGGUUUUGCUGAAGCGUAGAUUUAUCGACGAGCGACGCUCUGUUCCAUACGGCUACUUAGAAUAA